AUGAACGAUUACUACGAGGAUCUCAAAGCUGAUCCCAAAUCUUUUUUCUCCAAUAUAAACAAUGCAUUGAGAAAGGGGGGCUAUCGUGGGGUCUUCAAAAAUGGCAAUAUCUUUGCCCAAGUAAUGACAGGUGGACCGCAAAAAAGAAUUAACAAUGAUCCAAGCUAUCGUGGAAUCAAACCAAAAUGGCAACAUCUCGCCGACGAAGACAAAGAUGACGCUAUGACCAAAAUCAACGAUAUGGUAAAAAAAUGUAGUAUCUAUGGUGAUUUGGUCGAAGCCGCUGGAGGGCCAUGGAUUCUUUGUCUGGCCGACCUAUACCCGGACAGCUAUCUUACAAAGGUCAGCAAAGGAGCUAUGGUCCGAGCAGCUGAAUCCUUGUGCAUUGACGGAUUGCGAACAGAAUUUGGUUCUCGGUUUGCUGGUCUUUUCUUUUAGUUCCUGUAUUUUUUAUGUCAUUUUUAUAUUCCUUUUAGUUGUAUUUAUACUUUUUACAUAUAUACUGUACAUAUCAUUAUUAUUGUUAUUAUUAU